AUGUGUCUGAGCCUCAGCCAACGCCGUCCACUUUAUCAUCUUCUGUCCAUGAAACCUACUUUCUGUCAUUAUGAGCCGACUGACAGUCCACAGAGAACCAGCUUCCACGCUUCACGUCAAUCCCUUUGUCUCUCGUCUUCUCCGGCGUCCUCAGAGCGUCGGGGUUGUCUCCAGAGGAAUGGCGGCAGCCUCAACAAGAAGCGUGUGGUGUUCGCAGACGCCAAGGGACUGCCGCUAACCGCGGUGCGUCUAUUCGUGCCUGAUUGCUUCCCCCUUGCUUCUACGCAGCCGAUGGAUCUGUCCCCAACUAAACAUCCAAGCUCAAACAAACCACACCGCCAUAAGUAUCGUCUGGGAUUCCCUCAGCCGACUCUGGACUUGAAAGCCUUAUUGUUACGCCUACGAGAGACAUAUGUGCAGUUGGAAAGCUGCCACAUUUCUGAGCACUCCCUCAGCGGCAAAGUGCACAUCUUCCAUGGCAGCACUGACAAGGCUGUGCACAUAAGGGUGACCUUUGACUCCUGGUGGCACCAUCAUGACAUCCCAUGCGUCUUCCUGCAACAGCAGCGCUGUGGUGGUUCUAAUGUGGAUGUUUUUGCCUUUGACUUGAGCUUACCUCUGAACAUAGAUCCAACGGAGGGGAUAGAGUUUUGUGUGUCCUUCAGGCCUGGAGGCGGCGCAUCAACGCACUGGGACAACAACAGAGGGCAAAAUUACAAAGUCCCAGGGUGUACAGAAUUCCACUGA